CAUUUCAUUUCAACCAAUCUCAUCGACAGUUCCAAUUAUUUUCACCGGAAACACUACCAACGGAAUCAAAAUCUCAGACGUUAAUUUUCUUUUCCGAUGGGUGAGAUGAAGAUGGAGGACAUGCCGUUACCGGCGCUGUUUGAACAAGCAAGGAAGAUCCACGCAACCGCCACUGAGUCCGGUGCUGACCAAGAGCUUGUGAAAAAGGGAUGUGAGGCUCUGAAUAAAUGCGAAAACAUGGUUAAUAGGCUUGGUUUGUUCUCUGCUAAUGAAACCAAAGAGGAUAUCAGCACAACCGAUCUCAAGUACAUCCUGGUGCCAUACUAUCUUGCUGAGUUGACCGAGAAAAUAGCACAUGAUGACAGGAUACCGAUUCUAAAGGCUUCCCAGGCAAAACUGAAGGAAUUUAUCUCAUUUUGUGAGGCGAUGGAGCUGGUCCCAAAAGAGGAGUUAGAAUCUUAUAUGCAAGGGGUACCAAAAGCUGUUGCUGAUCAGAGGGCCAAAAAGAUAGCUAGAUUUAAACGACAAAAAGCUGCAGAAUCGAAGUUGUUAGAAAUAAACGAGCGGAAGGAACGGCGUGGACGUUCUACUAAAGCAGCUGCCCUGUCCACCCCUGUUGAGGCAGGAGAGGAAGAACAAUUGGAUGAUGACGGAGAAGAAGAAAGAGAGGCUUGGAAUACUAGCAUAUCUUUGGCAAUCUGUAAGGCAUUUGAUCUUCUGGAAAUGAUUAAGAAAGAGGAGGAGAUGCUUUCUGCUGUAAAGGAUAGACAAUCCAAGGAGGAUGGGAAUCAGGAAUUUUCUAAGGAUAUUAUGGAUGAACGUGCCAAAAAAGCAGAAGCUUGGCAUCGCAAUGCUGCAGUUCGUGCACAGUAUACGAAGCCAUCUCCACCAAUCACAUGUGCUACCUUCGCUCAAGAUGUUCUGGAAGGAAGAGCACAAGCCUCACAAGCACACGAACACAAACACCAACCACUGAUAUUUGGGCCACAAAGUCUUGUGAAUGGAAGUUUUACAAAUGAGAGAGCAAGAAUGGCAGCUCAGGUCUUCCAACCCAGUCAUAGGAUGCCCACUAUGAGCAUUGAGGAAGCAGGACUAAAAGAAAUGGAAAUUAUGAAUACAUGGCAAGAGAACACUGCCAGAUUCAUUGAAGAAGCCAAUUCAUCUUGGCACAAUGAUAGGAAGUUUAAGCCAGGUGAAGAGGAGGAGGAUGAAGACGAUGAUGCUGCACAGGAUAGAGCCAGAGCUUUGGAUGAUUGGAAGGAUGAUAAUCCGCGGGGUGCAGGAAAUUCGAAGCUUACCCCUUGUGGAUAAUUGAAUCUAUUCUUCCGAGGUCGAAGAAUAAUGAGCAAGGGAUGAAUCUAUGAUUGUCACGAAAUCUCACUAUUUAUAUAGUUGAUUUGCUCCUAGUUUGUGUUAAAGAUUUUGUAUACCUGGAUAUUCAUCUGACAACAUGUGUAUAUUUUUUGAGUGCAGCGUAGGGUCACACCUCAUCUCCCCUUUCUUUUAUUCUAUGUUUUUCAUCUUCACAUGGACUUGUAACCAGUUUGUUUAAUUUGCCAUAUAGUUCAACCAGUUU